GACAAAGCCCAAAAUACCAUGGCGGCGUCUUCACUCCAAGGUCCCAUCUUCUCUCUCUACCCCUCUCUCUCUCUCUACAUUGCAGGAUUCCUAGACUUCAGGCUACUCGCCGUCCUUGUUUGCAGAGCCUUCGUCCUCCGGUUUCUUGGAUUGAGGGUUUAAAAGCGAUCCUUCUCGUAUGAAGCAAACCCUAGACUCAUAGAGUUCCAUCUACUCUCACUUACUGAGUACGCUUCGCUUCGCUUGAAAGCCGGGCUCCCUGCACUCCAUCGGCUUUGAUUCACAACGGUGUUGCUUCUCACGUCUGUGUACGAAUCAGGGAAUCGCCUUUGCUUCGCGCAAUCCAUGUUGGGAUUGUUUCUGGCGGUUGUUUUUAGUAGGGUACGGAAGUAGUUGAAAGGCAUCGCAUCGCCGUCGUUGAGCACGUCUUGAUGGGUUGUGUGCAGGGGAAGUGCUACUCUAGAUGUAGCUGCUGCUGCUGCUGUCGAUACCCGUCGUCAACCUCCUGCUCUUCCGGCCGCGACGUCUCCGUCGUCGUUGAGGUCGGGCCGAUUCAGGGUCACGUGCUAACUGGUAGCACGGUGGGCGUCGCGGCCGUUCCGUCUCAUGGCCUUUGCCUUCAGUAUUCUACUCUUACACAGCGCGGCUAUUAUCCGGACACCCCUGACCGCGAGAACCAGGACGCGGUCUGCAUCAGGACCAAUCUGCAGGGAAAUCCUAAUCUCCAUUUCUUCGGAGUUUUUGAUGGACACGGCCAGUUCGGCGAUCAAUGCGCAAAUUUUGUCAGGGAUAAACUGGUCGACCUAUUGUCUGCUGAUACCGGGCUUGUAGAUGAUCCUGUGAAAGCUUAUAAUUCAGCAUUUCUUGAAGUGAAUUCUCUUUUACAUAACAGUGAUAUAGAUGACUCCAUGAGUGGCACCACUGCUAUAACGGUUCUUGUUAGUGGUGACACGCUAUUUGUUGCAAAUGUGGGGGACUCCAGAGCUGUUGCUGGCGUUUAUGAAGGGGAUCGCUUGGUUGCUGAAAACCUUUCACACGAUCAGACUCCUUUUCGAAAGGACGAGUACGAGAGGGUGAGGCUAUGCGGGGCGAGGGUUUUGACCGUUGAUCAGGUGGAGGGGGUAAAGGAUCCUGGGAUACAGAGCUGGGGCGAUGAGGAGAAUGAUGAAGGUGAUCCGCCAAGGCUAUGGAUGCAAAAUGCCAUGUAUCCUGGAACUGCGUUCACUAGAAGUGUGGGCGACUCUACUGCUGAGAGCAUAGGGGUCAUGGCUGUUCCUGAAGUGUUGAAGGUCAAGAUCACACCGCAUCAUUUAUUCUUUGUUAUAGCAAGUGAUGGCAUCUUCGAAUUUCUGUCAAGUCAGGCUGUGGUUAAUAUGGUAAGUAGCUUCAAGGAUCCACGCGAUGCUUGCUCUGCACUUGCCGCAGAAGCAUACAAGUUAUGGUUGGAGCAUGAAAGCCGAACCGAUGAUAUCACAGUUAUUGUUGUCCACAUCAAAGACUUGUGUAACCCUGAUACUGGAGCUUCUAAUGAAACAACACAAACGAUAUUGAAAGCCUCCAUUUAUUCUGAGAAAGCGAGAGCUGAGAGAUAUUUAUCUUCUGGGACAGAAGUUAUCCAUCCACAUUCAGAGAAUUCUCCCGAGAUGCAAUCUUCUCGUGAUGCUGCACUGGAAAGGUGUCCUGCAUAUGUUGCUCCUUCUCCUGACAGCAGAUGUCCUUAGUACCGUCAUUAUACUGGCCUGUCCACAUGACAUCAACAGGCAUUCAAAGCAUCCCUUAAGGAUUAUUAGCACUGCCUGAAGCUGGGUUAGAAAGCAAUCAUUCACAGAAGAAAGCUUUACCUGUUUGUCUCUUUGCCUCCCAGGUUUCAUUCAAGACAUAUAGCAGAGGCCCUUUGAGUAAAGUCAUGAAGGUUUGGACCUGAUUGCUUGGCCAUCUUCCUCAGAAGAUAAGCGCUUUCAUUGACUGAGGUUUGGCUCUUGUAAGCUUACUUUGAAUAACAUUGUAAAUUACUUGCACUGAUUAAUAGAUUGAUGAUAAUUGUAAAGUUUAUUCCAGCAAAUUAAUGAAUAGCUGAUUGUCAAUCUCCA